GACCACCCCACUUUUUUGACAGAAACUUGCGUGGGCGUAAUUUUGUAGUCUGCUCUUAAAACGUUUUAAAGUUUCUUUUACGAACUUGUGUGUAAGUUAUCUAAAAAAAAUAUUCCAUUGAAAAUGGGCUCAAAGUCAGAAAACAAGAACAAGGGAACAUUCCAACCGGAUUCAGAUGUGCACAUUACCAUAGAUGAUCAGAUGAAGAUCAACAAAUUCGCUAAUUACAACGCUAAAGUUGAAGAUCUCAAGGAAGAGCUUAAGAUCAAGCAGAAUGAACUGAAGAAUCUAGAAGAAGCCGGCGACGAGAUUGAACUUUUAGAUGAAGACACUCCGAUACCAUUUCUGAUCGGAGAGGUGUUUAUUUCGCACGACCUGCCGAGGACACAGGAACUGCUGGCCGAGGUGAAGGAAAAGAAAAAGCAAGAGAUCGAGAACAUUCAGAAACUGUCGAAAGAUAUCCAGGAAAAGAUGGGCGAACUUAAAGCGCACCUCUAUGGAAGAUUCGGAAGCAAUAUCUAUCUCGAGAACGACGAAUAAAUACUGAAAAUACAAAAAUCACAAUUUUUUAUAUUUUC